AUGAAUUUCGUGAAUAAACUAAAAUUCAAUAAAUGUUUUGCAUUUUUCUACAUUCAUGCCAUGUUAACUAAUUAUCAUUCAAAUGAUAAUGCUAAAAUGGUAUUUUUGAAAUCAUCAACAAACAAAUCAUCCAAUUCAAUUAUCGUAAAUAAUACAAAUCAUGAAAAGUCUAAUGCACUGAAUAAAAUUAUUCUCAAUUUACCAAUUAAUCGUAUUAAAAAAGAUCAUUUAUGCAAAACACAAUCUGCUCCAUGCUCUCCAAUAUUUAUGAAAAAAGAACACACCGGACCGACACAUUUAUUUCAUACUAUUUUCAAUUCGGAACGAAUCACUUCACCAUAUUUAAAAAAGAAGCCUCCAUCUCAUUUGAAUCCAUUGAAAGAAACAACUACGACUUCAGUGAAUUCACCGUUAACAUUGAAUGAGAGAAAUUAUUUAAAUGGAAACUUACACACUAAUCGGAAUAAAUCAUAUUGUCAAAAACUCAACAACAACAACUACAACAACCACACUAAUAUUGAUAGUAAUAAGUUGAACAAUUUACCAUUGUCGCAAUUAGAAUUAAACAUUCAACAAUUCAAAUUGAUCAAUCAAAAACUAGAUGUUAGCAAUUCAGAUGACCAAAGUGAUGAUUUUUUAAGUAAAACUAAAAGUCAAGUGCCAUUCAAUGGGGAACAUUUGGAAAACAGGAAAAAUGAAGCAAAUAAUUUAGUCGAAUGCCAUCCAAAUCAUUAUUUGAAUACAGCUCAUUGCGAAGGAGUCAAACGCGUGGAAACACCACCACCAAGUUAUUCUGAUUUGGCAAUAUUCAAUGAGUCUAUUGAAAAUCAAUUAAUCAAUACCAGUAGUAAUAAUGAUGACAGUUUAAAUUCUAACUAUACAUCACAGUUGAAAAUUGAUGAACACUUGAACAUUCAUCGAAAUCUAACAUACACUAAUGAAAUUUCACAAGGAACGCAACCAAUCAUAAAACAAACUCACAACAACAUUACCAAUGAUUUUAAUAAUAAUAUGACAGUAACAACAGCAAUAUCCGGCAUAUUUGAUCCGUCAGCUCAACAUAGCAAUUUCAUUGAUCGAAACGAUUCUUACAGGAAAGUUGUCCUACUACGUCAUGAUACAACAGAACGUUUUGGUAUGAGGCUGGAAAGAACCAAAGGUGUAAAACAAGUAACAUAUAUAGCAAUGAUACUUCCGAAAUCACCAGCUCAACUAGCUGGACUGAAAGUUGGUGAUCGAUUGAUUCGCGUUAACGAAUUAGAGACAGAUCAAAUGCUACUGGAUGAAUUAUUAAAUUACAUAAGAAAAUCAAACGGUCCAUUAUGUCUUUACUAUCAAACCAGGCCAUUCACAUCUUAUCUUCUUACAACUGUUAUUCGUAAACAAAACGGGAAAAUUGGAAUAAAAUUGAAAAGUUAUAAAAAUGAACUUCGAAUCGAUGUUGUUCUACCGAAUUCACCGGCAUCACGUGUUGGUUUACGAUCUGGUCAGCAAGUCGUAUCAUUAAACGGCAACUGUGUACAUGGUUGGGAUCAAUUAACAGCAAUGCAUUGGUUUAGACAUUAUCCUGACGGUGUAGAUUUAACCAUAACAGUUUUAGACGAGUUGGAUAAAGCAGAAAGUACAGUUAAUUCAAAAACAUCCUUGCACAAUUCACCGAAUAAAAUAGUUAGUACUCAUGAAUACCAUCAAACCAAUGCCAGUGAUAUGGCAUUUGGUGAUUUAACUACUCCUAAUUUACCUUCAAUGCCUAAACAAAUAGCAGUAACACAUUUCCAUGAAAAAAGUAUGAAUGCAAAUGACACAUGUGAAAGUCUGUCUACUUCUUCUUCAUUGACACCAACUGUCUUUAUUGAUAGUGAACAGGAAUCACAAUGUAGUCAAGAACGAAUCACAAACUCUCUCCUCCCUGUCAUUGAACAUGAAAAGAGUAAUAUAACUAUAUCUUUUAAUACAUGUCAGUCAGCUUAUCUAUGUACACUUGAUUCUUGUCCAUUAAAACGAGAAGACGGAAAAUUCUACAUACCGAAUCCAACAACACUGAAUAGUAAUAAUAAUAAUAAUAAUAAUAAUAAUAAUAAUAAUAAUAACGGACAGAUUAAUUCCCGCGAUUAUAACUUCUUUUAUCACAGUGAACACGAUCAGACUCAGAGUGAUCAUUUGGAGUUUUCAGGACCAAUUAGUCAACAGUGUAAUCUUGAUAAUAAUAAUAAUGGUGCUGAAAAUAGUCCGUGUAAUUUAAGCAAGCCAAAUCAAUAUACGCAGAAUGCAUCACAUGAUUAUCAAUUCAGUAAAAAUGCCAUAAAGAUCAGUGAAACAGUGCAAUAUCAAAAUGAAAAUGGCGAAAUAAAAGAACCAUUGGAUAUUCAACCAAGUGACAAUUUAUUUUUAUCAAACUCCAGUUUACAAAAUGACUUUUUGUAUAAAACUGAUUGUGUUUAA